UUUGAACAUUCUUAUCGCAUUUGGUGUUUUUGUCUCGUGUGGUGUAGACAUGUUUACAAUUACUGUUUGUCUGUCUGUGGUUAUCCUUAUUGCCACUGCAGAUGCCUCCCCAGUCGACCAAUUAAAAGAUGAAUCUUUAUCAGAUAUACAGAAAAUCAAAGAAAUACAAGACACGGAGAAACCUCAGCAGCGAAAGACCAGAAACCAUGAGAACUAUGAACUAUCUGAUUCACCAAUAAAAGAGAACAUGACAGAAAAAGACAAAAUGAUAGGACAUGAUGAAGACUAUGUGUUCUACCAGAAUGCAAACGGAUCGUUCAAGCUUCAUAGUACUCCUUCCAACUGGGCGGUCGCUCGUCUGGUCUGCUACGACGAAGGUGCGGAACUAGCUUCUCCAGAGAACGAUGCCCUACUAGCAACAAUGAGCCAACUUUUGUUGACGAGCAGUCAGCCACCGCUGCAUAUCUUCACCGGCAUCAAUGAUUUAUACUCUAAAGGAUUCUUUACUUCUAUAAAAGGUAUCCCCAUAUCAUGUAUGCCAGCACACUGGGCGCCUGAUGAACCUGACAACGUGAACCACGGAAACAACUGUCUCGUCAUGCAACGCAACGGCCUAUUGCUUGAUAGCAAAUGCGAUGAUGUCUACCCUUAUAUCUGUUAUAAGAGACAGCAGAAGGGCCAAAUCAAUCUCUGUGGAACUACUGAUACAGAAUACAUAUUCAACAAACACACUAAGUCAUGCCACAAGCUCCAUACAGAAUUUGUACCCUGGCAGACGGCAUACGCCACCUGUGCCCGCGAAGGAGGGUACCUGGCUAUCCUGAACAGCGAGUAUGAAGCUCAGACCCUGGCGAGGAUGAUCAAGAGUGAGUGGAUCUGGGCCCAUGUGGGGUUCAGCUAUUGGAGGAAGGGCUUGUGGGUGACUAUUCACGGUGAAACGCUGGCCCAAGCUGGUUACGACUCCUGGGCGCCAGGGGAGCCCAACGAUUGGAACGAGGAGCGUUGCGGGAGCCUCGCCGCCGACGGGCACGCAUUAGUCGACAUUGAUUGUGUGGACCACGCGAGACCGUUUAUAUGUGAAAAAUCUAGCUCUAUGUAAUUAUUUCCACAUCAGAUGGAAUAAGGGUACUUUAUUGCGUGAAAUCGUGAUUGCGUGAAAACUAUAUAGAGACACAUAGUCAUUUAGUCAAUCCUUGGAACGUGAUUCAAAUGUACAUAUUCAGCUUGUUACAAUUCUCAUUUAAGUAUUUGUAAUAAAAUGAUUUCCUCUCUUUGCA